CUGGUCUGGUUAGGAUCUAAACGCGCAAUUUCGUUUUUCAUUUAAGUUUUUACAACGUUGACGAUUUAAACUUCAAUCUUUUAUUGCUCAAACGUUACAAUUGUACAUAGAAUUUGGUAAAGUAGAAACAAAUUGCGUGCGUUUUCAACUUAUUGAUACUACAGUGCGUAGGAUUGUUCGAUCUUGAUAACAAAAGACCGGCUAAUCGUCCAUUUUUAUUUUUGUGAUUGUUAAAGAACAUCUUACUUUUCAACAAAGUACAAUGGUCAACAAAAAGAACGGCUACUCCGUCUUUACAGCAGAAUGGAAAAAGAACCAAGAAAAACAAGGUCGGAAAUUUAACAGUGUGAAAGAUGUAUUUACUAACCCUGCCUGUGUUGCAGCAUGGAAGGCUCUGUCAGAUGCCCAAAAGGCUGAAUACAAAACUAUGGCUAAACAAUCUGUUAAUGACUGUAUUAAAAAAACUUCAGUUGGUGAGUCAAUUGAAGAAAUCAAAAGAGCUGAGCAAGAAAGCCUUCGGUUGAUGGACAACAUGAAAGAAUACAUUAACACGACAGUAGAAGAAUCAAACAAAAAGAAAACUUUGCCAGAACAUAAGUUUUACGUCAUCCAAGUAAAUUACUUUUAUUGUCGUCAGCUGGAAGACAAUACUCUAGAUUAUUGCCCAGCCGAAAUUGGAAUAGCCGAAUUUUCAUUGCAACAUGGCGUUGAAAGAGUUUACCACGAGAUAAUAACGCCAAAGAUCAGAGUUGGGUACGCUUACGAAGCUAAGUCACGCAGCGCUUUGACUCACAAUUUGCCGUCUAUUGAGAACGAUGGUUUUCCAUCAAAGGAAUUCAAUGGACAGUUACUAGCGGAUAUUUGCAAAUUCUUACAGCCUGGUCGGGAAAACGGCAGACUGCCUCCUCUGUACACUCGGUUUGCUGAAGAAGACUUGAAAUUUCCCGUGGAAAAUGUCAUGGAGAAAUUAACUAAUGAAUUCGGCAGUGAAAGAUUUAGAAUCUAUUCACUGGAAGAACUUUUUGCGAGUCUGUACAACGUCAAUAGACCCAGUGGUGCUGUUCUCAUGAAUUCAGUAAUUGCUAACAUGGAGUUGAAAAAAGAUCCGUAUGAGUACAAAAAGGGCACUGAGUGUAAGUUCCAUCAAGACAUUGGGGCAGGAAAAUACUGUAGCCAGUCCAUGGCUCAGCGCUGGACUUUUGUUAUAUCAAAUCACUGCUGUCCAUCAUUUGGGAUUAAGAUUGAGCCUAACUAUUAUACAGUAAACACAAAUCAGGUUGACGGAAUUAAUUGUUUGAGCGCCAAGAUGGGACACGUGGAAAUAAACGAGAAAAAAAAUUGUCCUGAAUUUGCAACCGGCCCACCAACCGGGGCAAUUAGAAAGUACACGAAAACUCGUGCGGAAAGAUCCCAAAGUGAAGAGGAAUAUAGGAAAUUCUACGCCGCAUCCGAGCCUCCACUCCACAUCGUUCAACACGGCAACGUAGAAGAUGUACAUAACGCCGAGUCAAUUUUCCCCAGAGAAUUCGUUGCAGCUGCGAGCAGGGAACCAGCCACUGCACCGCGAACUAGUUUUUCAACUGCUUUUUCAAGUCCAUCGACGGACUCGGAUGAUUCGUACCAAAAUGAUUUUCCUCCAUUAAAUAUUGGACGCGGAGGGAGAAGAACUUCUAAUAUGCCACCAAAACCUGUCAAUUAUGCUUCCAAACUAAAGAAGUAAAAAGAUACAAGGUAUAGUUAUAUUUACCUUUUGCACGUUUGUUUGUUCGGAAAUUUUCAAUCGCACAUCGUUUAUUGAACAAUGUAUCGAAAUGUUAGUAGAACUCCAUUACUAAAUUUUUAUAUUGACGAAAAUUAGGUGGUUCGUUUUUAUAUUUUAUAAAACUACGUUUAUACAAAUUGUUUUAAUUAUACAUAUUUUAAAUAAUCGGAUGAACUUAUCAGCGUUUUUGAUCUAUUUAAAAAAGGUAUAGUAGAUAUUUCUUUGUAGUCUUUUAUACGCCAAUAAAUAUUAUCUUUAUUACUAUAUUAAUGAUGUGACCCAAAUUACUCGAAAAAAAUUUUACAUAUAAAUUUUGCAUUCAAUUGAAAAGAAUUUCAGUAAUUCUUGCUCAGAGAUAUAUUUUGUGCCUUUCACCGAAAGAUUUAUAUUAAUUACUUACAAACAGUUUUGUAUGUAAUGUAAUGAGAGUGUUGAACAAAUGCGGCCUUAACUGCAAGUUUUUAAUGUCAAGUAAUUUAUGUUGAGUGUACUAUGUAUUUUACAAUUGUCUAUGUUGUAAAACUUGACUUAAUUGGGAAAAAAAAAAAAAAAAACCUGUCACAACCCAAAAAUUUGACCAUAAUAAAGCUCGUUUAAUUUUUAAAAUAAGUGAAAGAAUAUAAAUCGAACGAAAGUUAAUUAUCAUAAACUGUAUAGACACGUUAUGGAAUCCUUUGAAUCAUAAGGCCGCAUUAUUUGGUGCAUUAAAA